AUGAGAGAUUAUCCAUAUAUCACUGUAGUUGCGUCGGGCGAACUAAAAAGGAAUGAGAACUCCGAGACUCGACUUUUCGUUCCUAGACCGAAACUCCUGGCUGCUGAUGCGUCUUCGUUUCUUGAGUUGACUCUUGAACUUGAAAGAGCAUUAAAUAAAUUCUUAGAGUCAAUGGAUUUUUCAGUACGCAGAGAAUUUGGCAGUGGGAAUGUUCAAAGGCGCAUGUGGAUAGUAAGGAGAGGUCGUAUUGUCCACAUAUGUGGAUAA